CCCUAGAUCCCCAAUCGGGAUAACUCACACGGAGAGCCGAAGCCGAGAAAGGCGUCCGCGAGCACCCACCAUGCCGCCCAAAUCGGAGCAAGCCACCGCUGCCGGCGCGGGUGCCUCCCAACCCUCGGACCAGGGUUCGAUGGAUCCCUUCCUCCACCUCCUCAGGAUCCUCCCUUACAGCUUCCUCCGCCCGCCGCGCACCCGCCUGAAGCUUCCCUCCUCCCUGGCCCUCCCCUCCCCGAUGACCGUCUUCUCCCUCGUCCUCCUCACCUACUUCGCCGUGGUCUCCGGGCUUGUCUACGACGUCAUCGUCGAGCCCCCCGGCAUCGGCAGCACCCAGGACCACUUCACCGGCACCGUCCGCCCCGUCGUCUUCCUCCCCGGCCGCGUCAACGGCCAGUACAUCAUCGAGGGCCUCUCCUCCGGAUUCAUGUUUGUGCUUGGCGGCGUCGGCCUGAUCCUGAUGGACCUUGCUCUCGACCGCAACCGCGCCCGCAGCGUCCGCAUCUCCUUCGCGUCCUUCGGGAUCUCCGCUGUGGUCAUCGCCUACCUCAUGAGCAUGCUCUUCAUCCGCAUCAAGAUCCCCGCGUACCUCACAUGAUUCGCCUGUUGUCAAGGGGAUCAUGCAUCAUGGACAGUGAUCGCAAAGCCUCAAAAGUAAGGAGAUUUGCUUGUUGGAAUCACCUGGUAAUAUUCCUAUUGGAAUUAGUGAAGCCAAAGCCUAUUCAGUCCGGGAAGACCCCUUAUUGAAGUUUAUUGCAUCCAAUCGUGAUCUCAUUUAGUUUCAGUUUGGCUGUAGGUGAGGAUAUGUCCUUUUGAAUCGAUUGCUAUUUUGGCUGGAAUUUUUAAUCUAGACCUGUUUCUAGUUUGGAUUAAAUUAGCUAGGGUUUAAUCUAGUUUAGGCAGUCCAAUCAAAUCUAGCCAAAAAAGCUUCAGGUAUUUUGUUGUAUAGUCGAGUGUAUUGUGGUCACCUCUGUCCUCUCUCGACUUGGCUUUCCAUCCUCUCUUCUUGGGUUCGGUUCUGUGUCUUUCUUAGUCUACAGAAAACAUAACCUACAAGUAUUAUAUAAAGCUUUCCAGUCCUCCCUGUUAUUUUA